UGCGCUGCUAGCAUCCUGUUAGGCCUCGCUGUGGUUUGCAUGAUUCAAAGCCUGUGAUGACGAGGUGUCAGAGAGCACAAGACUCACUUUAGGUGGAGCUGGACUGUUACUGUCAAGAAACAAACACCCGGCUGAAAGAUGGGCACUUACUGGAGGCUUUUACACAUUUUUGCUGUUCUUCUCUUGUGUGAUUAUGGGAUGUUCUCCACCCCAACACCAUCUUCUACAGAGAGGACCACUAUUCAAAUAUCAAACACAUCCGACUCUAACACUAUUGUGACCGCAGAAUCGACAAUAUUUGGAAACUUCACAGAGGCUGAUGAGGAUGAUGAGCUGGAUGAUGAACGGCCUGAACCUCCUACAAAUGCGAGCCAUGAAAACGCCUCGGUUCCAAACAUUACAGUCAAUAAAUCUGAAGGCCUGGACAGAAGCUCAGUGGAGGCGACCCCUCGCACGGCCCGUCCCGAGAGCACCACACACAGGCGGAUCCCUCUCGCUCCUCCUCGUCAGAGAGAAAACGACUCAGGGUCGUACACAGGAGGCGUCGUCAUUUUGAUCAUAAUCCUCAUCCUGAUUGUUCUUCUGCUUGGCAUUUUGUAUUUUCUGAGAAAGAAAGGAAGGAGUUACUCAUUUGAUCUGACGCGUGCCGACGGUCCUGCCAAUGAUUACGACACUCCUCUCCGGAGCGAGCAUCAGGGCAUAAGCUAUGAACAAACCAACAAAGAUCUGCCUGUGAGUCUGGAUUACGUACAUGAAGACAAGCCCGAGGAAAAGUCCAGCCCGAAAGCCAAUGGGUGUGCAGGAGAGAAAACUGAACAAACACCUGCCAAUGGAAAUGAGGAGCAGAACUCUCCAGAAGAGAACAGCUUCACUUCGAGCUCGUGCUCCACUCCACCGAUGAAGAAAGUGGAGUUUAACCUGGACCUGGAUCUGAUUGGAGGAGAUUAUGAGCUGAACGACCUGAGUCUGAGCGCAGCUGAUGUCCCCGAAACACCGCAGAAUCAAAACAACAAUAAUCUCUUCAACGCUGGAUCAGCGGAAGAGAUCUUCACUGAAAUCAGUCUAGACGAGCCAAAGCAACAUGCAUAGUGUGUGUGUGUGUCCAACAUGACCAAACAAACAUACAUAGAGUGUGUGUGUCCACGCGACGGUGAAGACUGUGGGUCCUUGGUGCCCGGAUUCAAACUAUAUCUGCUAUAAAGUGUCAUUCUGUCAUUCUGACACAAGUUCUGUUUCAUUUGCUGUUACAGUAAAGAAGAGUUUAAACUGUAUAUAAAAAGACAAUCAAAUCAUGGGUUACGUGUAAAAAAAAAAAAAAAGGAGUUGCCUAUACAAA